AUGUUCUCCGGAGGUCACUCUUACCCUGCUGCAGUCCAUCAGCACAACCCUGGCCUCUAUACUCCCAUGGCUGCUCAGUACAUCCCUCACGGCUAUCAUCAGCAGCAGCAUGACAACAGCCCCAUGUCGCAGACUUGGACACCCAGCCACACAACUGGCGACGUCCCAACCCUCAUCACUCCACGCCGGGACUCCAUCUCAUCGAACGAGAACGACGCUCCUGGCACUCCGUCAUACGCUGGCUAUCCCACCUAUCAUUCGGUCCCUGGAGUUGCAAUCGUCAAUCGUUCUCCAACUGGCAUGUACACGCAGAGCUCCCCUUCUCCUACUCAGGUCCUCGCUCCCUAUGGCAUGCCUUUGUCGAAGAUGGCUGAGCACCGCAGCAUCUCUCCAAGCCUUCACAUGCUUGUAAACAAGGAGCCACCCAUCCCUCAGGCAAUUCCAGCCCCCAGCUCUCCCUUGAAACCCCUUGACAGAGCUCUGGAGAACAUUCGCGGUGAGACAAAUGUCUACAUCCGUGGCCUCCAUCCCGAGACAACCGAUGAGAUGCUUGAAGGCUGGGGCAAGCGCUUCGGAGACAUUCGCAGCUCCAAGUCGAUCAUUGAUCACUCCACGGGCCUUUGCAAGGGCUUUGGCUUCGUCAAGUACCACAAUUACGAGGACGCCGAGAACUGUAUCCGCGGCUUUCAUUACCUGGGCUAUGAAGUUAGCUUUGCCAGAGAAUCUUUCUACUCUAAACUCAAGACGUUCGCUGAUGAGGGUAACACCAACCUCUACGUUUCCAAUCUGCCCAAGUCUUUGAAUGAGCACGAGCUUGCAUCUGUGUUCACACCUCACAAAGUCUGCUCGGCCAGAAUCCUUCGCGACAAGAAUGGUACUUGUCGUGGAGUCGGCUUUGCUCGUUUCGAGUCCAGAACGGUCUGCGAGGAAGUCAUCAAGAAGUUCAACAACUACAAAGUCAACGUCGCAGGUGAAGAGUACACGAUUCAGAUCCGCUUUGCCGACACUCAGGAGCAGAAGCAGCUCAAGCAGCAGACAGCCGCCGCUCGCCAAUUCCGCUCUGCCGAGUACGAGUAUGCUACCCAGGCUCACAAGGCUGGUUACUCCUCCAGCCGUGGCUCAUACGCCUCCAACAACGAGUUUGAGACGUACAUGACAACCAGGUCAGCUUCUUGA